AUGGAGCUUUCUCUCCUCACAUACAAUACAAAACAUCUUGCUACGAUAUGUGCAAUACUAUCGAAACGCCUAUCUGCAUUUGUAACCAAGAAGGAACUCAAGCGAUCAAAUACUACUAAGCCUCUGGAAUAUACUGGAAAUAUUUCUUCGUCGAAAAUGAAAAGAUCGAGUUCGCUUCCUGUUAUCUCAGACCAUUCAGAAAAGAACGAUGUUGUAUUGCUUAAGACCCUUACAGUAAUUCUUUACUUGGUACAAAACGGCUCUUACGACUUUGUCAAUUGGGUUAGGGGUAAUAUCGAUAACUACAUUUUCCCGUUGUCCACAGUGGCCCCCGUCUAUGGAAAGCACUAUGAUGCGAUCGCGUCCAAAGUAGCCAAACUAUUGCUUUUAUUCACAGACUCUGAACAGCUCAAAGCUUUCAGGGUUAAUAUCCAUAUUCUUCGUUCAGAUAUGACGACCCCAGGUGUAAAGCGUACUUCCAUAGACUUGCCCAGUAAUAUCACCACAGAAGAGAUGGAAGUGGAUCACAAUAUUUAUUCGAAACGUGCGAAAUCAAUGGAUAUCAACAGAAAUACCAAUAAUACAUUGACUACAUUAGUAGAGGAAACCUUCGAGAAUGGCCAGCUGUUCAACGUGACUGCAGAUCCCUAUAUAAGGAAUUCGAGACUGGACUAUCAACUUGGAUCUGGGAGUGAUAGAUAUGAUAAUUCAGGUAGACCAAAACCAGCGUAUGCCAUAGAUCUGUACAUACCAAUGGGUACGACUGAUUCUUCGAACCUGAAUUACGAAGUCGUUGAUAAAGAUACAGUCUUUAUUUAA